CACAUUGUACAAUUUAUUUGUGCUUCACUUAUGCAUAGAAAAAAAAGUUCGCGCCAUGGAUAAAUUUAAAAUAUUAACAUUUGUUUUCUGCAUAUUAAAUAUAACAUCAACCAUUGAAACAACUAAAUUAAAUUACCCACGUGUUCUUUUACCAAUAUUUGACAAGAUUUCUAUAAAUUUCACAUUAGAAGUUAUUGAAAAAGGCUGUUUUAAAUGGAUGUCGUCACGACAAGACCUCAUUCUUAUAACACCACAAUAUGAUGACUUUGAGAGUGAAUGCUCGUCCAAGGCUGUGGUCACAGUGCUGUCGCGAGAACGACGUCGAAAUACUGCCAUUGUGUUGGCGGAAGAUACCGCCACCACGGAAGUUCUGCGUUGUGACGUGAUUCUGGACGUAAUUGAUCAGCUGCGAGUGUUGACCACAACCAGAGAAUUGUAUUUGGAGGAAGCCCCUGAGACUUUUGAACUUUGGGCUCAGGAUACACAGGGCAAUGCCUUUACUACACUCGAGGGGGUCGAGUUCGAUUGGAAGAUAACGCCGGUUGGACAAGAUGUCAUUGUGAGCAAUGAGUGGCAAGCAGCACUUCGAUUUCUAACAUUUACCGAGAGCAGCUACCACGAAGUGCCAAAGUCGCUGGAGAAGUUCGAAGCGCUUCACAUGAAAGGCUACAUGGUUCUUUUGGAGGGUAUCAAUACUGGAACAGCAAAGGUGACUGUUCGGAUUCCAUAUCCAGAAUACUCGGCAGUGCCAAUCAAUGAAGUCUACAUUAAUGUUUUGGCCAAUAUCAUUCUUGAUCCGUCGGAUGUGCACAUCCUCGCGGGAGAUACUGUGAAAUUCCGAAUUCUUCAAUUGAAACAAGGAAAACUCCAAGAAGUUUCAUUAAAUAACCAAUAUUUCCUGCAAAUCGAGGACACUGGUGUUGCUACAAUCAGUGGGAGCAAGGCUACCGGCAAAAAAUUGGGUAGGACAUUUGUUGUACUUCGAGAUAGAAAUGUCCCAUCUGAAGGCAGCUAUAUGGCCGAUAGCAAUGCUCCAAAGUCACCUGUUCCGAGAGCAACUCUAACCGUAAGCGAUCCGAAGAAAUUGACUGUGAAUUUGCUGCCACACUACAAUUGGAUGACUGUUGAAGGAGAGAAACAUGAAAUUGCCGUGGACGUGUAUGCCAAUGAUAACCAAAAAAUUACUCUGGGGCCCAAGUAUGCUGUCAGUUCUCAACUUGACGAAUCACUCUUCUACGUAUUGAAGAAGUCCCAAAACGGUAGCAGAAUUUACGGAGAAGCUGUUAAAGAAGGAACAAGUGCAGUUCACGCUGCCUUCAAAGAUCUAACUGCCAAAGCAGAAUUGCAAAUUUUCAAAGAACUCCUCCUGGCUCCCUCGAAAGUAAUCGUUCCCUUCGAUCCAAAUGCUCCGAAAACACAAAAAUUACAAUUCAGAGCCACCGGUGGAGAUGGUUCUUACAUUUGGACAUCACAACAUCCUUCCCUCUUGCAAAUUUCUCAAACUGGUUUGGCAACAACCCGCAUUGAUAGUGAUCUGAAAUUACCGUCGGAUACUUUCGAUGAACGGAGCAAAGCAAUUUUAACCAAUCACGCCAAUGUGCGAGUUGCUUUGGCAAGAAAUAUCAAAAUCUCACGCACUGCCGAGGUGUAUUUCCUUCCCCCUGUGAAACUAGAAAUUGUUCAAUACAACUUUGAGACCGCUUUGCGAGACUAUGUGAAAAUUCACUUGGCUGUUUAUACCUUUGUGAAUAACUCAUACGUUCCAUUCACAAAAUGUGAGAAUCUCAACUUCAAUAUUGAGUUUACCAAUCAAAUCUUCCAAAUCGACUCAAUGCGGGAGGAGUUGGAUGUCCUGGCCCCGAGUGCUUGUCACAUAAUUCAUCUGCGUAGUACAAGCAUUGGAACCACACAUCUAAGUGUCUCGUAUAAAUUCAUGGACAAACUUUUGAAAGAUGAGGCCACAUUGAUGGUUUUUGAAAAGCUUGAUAUUCUUAACCCUGUCGAGAAUGAGAUCAUUCUACCGAUUGGUUCGUCGAGGAAUCUUUUAUACGCAAAUGGACCGCAGAAGAUCUUCACUCUAGCCGCAGAACUGACAAAGCAUCUGCAAUACGACAAGGACAUUGCUUCUGUGUCAAGUAUUGAAUUUGACUCGCCCAAAGCGAUUACUGCUUUCACCGUACUCUGUCGCAAAGUCGGACAGACCACUUUGAAAUUUGACGUUUUCAAUCAAAUGCAGGCAAAGAACUUCCAGCCCUACGUCUCCAACUACAUGACCACCAUCUAUUGUGUCAAACCAAGAUUCCUAAAUCUCUAUGCCACCGAAAAGCUCAGACAGAGUUGUCCCAUGGAAAUGAAGAACUCCCUGAUGCACUUGAAAGACAAAGAAGAAAAAUUCGAGAUUGAAAUCGAGAUUCAAGACGCCAAAAAUAGAAAACUUAUGAAUAUUUCGUCUUUGUUGAUUGAAUGGCAAUUCGCUCAGGAGGGCGAGAACUAUCACAAGGAUAUAUUCUAUUUCCGUGAAAGUGAUGAGGAAAUUGUCGAAGGAGUUCGUUUGCCAGGAAAGGAUGUCCUCAUAAGUACAAUCAAGGAAGUUACAAGUAAUUUCAAGGUCAAGGGAAUUGUGACGAAUUAUGAUGCCAAAGUAUUGGCUAAACAUGGAAUCACACCCGAAAGUCCAGCUUUCGGUAUCAAAAAGGCAAAAUCGGAGAAACUUACAACACCAAUAAUUGAAAAUGAAAUUAAAUUUAUGGCAGUGAAUAGUACAAUGUUCCCAUCAGAACAUAUUUCAAUCUUCAUAUCGAAGAAUAGACCUCACAAAGUGCCAAUUCAACAGGGAAGUGGGCAUUAUGAUUUUCAAGUUUCUGAAAAUGGAGUUAUUUCAAUUGAUUUCGAUGCCAAACGAAGGGAAUUGAUUAUAACACCACAUCGUAUUGGACAUGUUCGCAUUGAACUUACAGAUCUCUGCUUGAUGACCGAACCAGCUCACUUAUCGGUUUCUGUUGUGUCAAUUGGAUCGAUUAAAGUCGAAGUUCCUGAUAGAGUUGAAAGAACAAAAUCGAUUGAUGCCAUUGUAAAGCUUUACGAUUCGAAUGAAAAUCUUCUUCUCAUCGAUCCAUAUAAUUUACAAAUCUAUGAGCUAACAGAAGAUAUUUUCAAUCCAAAUAUUUUAAAUGUUAAGCUUGGUGAUCAAAUGGAUCUUCAAUUGGGAGAAAUAAGAUAUACGGUAACAGGAAGUUCAUUAGGUGAAUCAAAAAUAGUCUUUAAUAGUGGACACGGUGAAUUAUUGGUAUCAAGUAUUCCUGUUAAUAUUCAGGUUUUCCCACCAUUGCGUUUAUAUCCAAGAAAUUCAACACUCGUUAUUGGUUCCAGCGUUCAGAUUUAUUAUCUGGGAGGACCACAACCGGAUGUUAACAUUGUUUACUCUGUGCACGAUCAGAAUCUAAUAACUAUGGAAUCAGCUCUGGUUAUAGCUAGAAAACUGGGCCACACCAAAAUCACAGGAAAAUGCUUCAGCCAGAAUCCAAGCAAUGGCAAGGAAGUUAUAAUAUCAGAAGACACAGUUGAUAUACAUGUAGUGCCUUUAUUGAAUAUUCAAAUUAAAACACCUCUCGUUCGAAUCAAAAGCGGUGCUGUUAUGCCUGCUUUUAUUUGGGGACUUAAUGACUUAUCGCCGAUGGUCCUUGGAACACUAGAAAAUAUGCGUGUUAUUUGGUCCAGUAAUCAACCUGAUGUAAUUGAUAUUUACAACGUCUUUUCUGAAGCUGGAAUCGAAUACUCUGACAAAGAUUUAAUAUCGGUACGCAUCAAAGCCCUUAACCCGGGUAAGGCUAAAGUGCAAGCAACAGUCAUUCUUCCAUCUGGACAAAAACUUACUGCUAGCGUUGAAGUUGUGGUUUUUAAAAUGCUUGAACUGGAUUCACCCAAACGGAUAAAAAUGGACUCGAUCCUCAUUGCGCCACGUAGCACAAUACAACUGAAGGCUAAUCUCGAUGACGUUGUCUACAAGCCGGAUUCGGAUGCUGCCAAUGGAAUUGUCCGAGUAUCAUCGGAUGGCAUUGUCCGUAGUGGUGAUACCCUAGGACGAGAUUUGAUAAUUGCCCGCACCUACGAACAAACUUUACCAAUUGGCAUCGAAGUGAAAAACGUUCAGUACAUUCUAGCCUCAUUGCAAUAUCCUUCGAUUAAAUUGAAACAAACGGAAGAGAAAAUCCCUCGUGGAAUGAAUUUUGUGCUGAAGGUUUCGCUUCACGAUAAUCUGGGCAAUGAAUUCUCUCACAAUAUCGAAGAUGUCAAUGGAAUUAAAUACGAUUUGUCGCACAAGGAUAUUGUUGAUGUACAGAUUGGAAAUAAUUUGACAGUUGCGAUAAAUCUUCCAAGGGAAACAAGCAACAUGAUUGCCAUUAGUCUGAAGGACACAACCGGGGUUAAGCAUGCUGAGGAUUACAUCAAACUGUCGGUUUUGGAAUCGGGAAACAUCUUCCCAACUAAGACAAUCUUCUCAGUUGGUGACAUUAUCUGCUUCGAUUCACCUCUAACUGUAUCCUCGCAUUGGUCGAGUUCUGAUGAACGAAUCGUUUCAAUUGACAGGAACACUGGAGUCGGCAAAGUCUUGGGAAAUCGAUUCAAGUUGGGCGAAAAGGUUGUCGUCACCAAUGGCGAUAAAACUGGUAGUUUCCUGAAAUACGAUGUUGAAGUUCGUGAUGCUGAUAAGAUUGAGUUCUUCAAGUCUUACGAUAUAUUUAGUGGCACUUCGUACCGAGGACAUCUAAUCGUACGCAAUCAUCUUCAAGUGGAUAAGUUCGCCAAUUUGAUUGCCAAGAAUAUAUCCAAAUGUUCAAACUUAAUUGAUAAAGUUCCCAUAAACUUCUUCACGUGUCAUCUAACAUCGAAGCAACAACAAUUGGGUGCGUUGUUGUUGGACCAUUACAAGGUAAUGCCCUAUUUCGAUGCCGAACUGGGAACAUAUGCAUGCCAAAUCGACUUGACGACAACUUUUAAUGAUGUUCUCAACAUUGUUAAAACGAAUGAAGUUAACUUUGAGCUUGAGGCUCGCUUGCCAAACGGCCUGACAGAUGUGAUAACGCUGAAGUUUGUUCCUGGUAUUCGAGUGACUCCAGAACAAAUGUACGUUGCUGAUAUUGGCCAACAAGACAUUAUAAUCACAGGACUGGAUAAAGUUCUGCAAAAGAUUGAGGUAAAACCAUCAGAUACAUCUAUUCUGGAACUGAUUCCUCAAGCAAAGGUACACGGCUCAUUGCAAUACAAGGUGAAACAGUUGAACCAACUACCAACAGAGGAGCAAUUGUUUAUCUAUGUGCACUCACCAUUAACCCAAGAAGACAUUGAGAUACCAAUAGUACUCGGAUUAAAUGCACUUCAACAAAAAUGCUCCAAUCAGCCCUUCAGUAAUUCAUCAACGUUCCUAAUUAAGAUAGUAUCAAAUGUGGGUCUUAUUAUAUCCGCAUUGAUUAUCCUUGCAGCAACAAUUUGGGUGCUUAUAGUUUGUUCCCCGCAACGGAGAAGCAGCUACAGAACGGAUAUCAACUCUGAAGUGUUUUCAACUUCUGCAAAGAAUAAAUCUCUGAAUAGCAGCAGUCCAGUUGCCAGCGGCGGCAGCAUCGGUGGCAGUUCAGGAUCCUUCAGUAACAGGACAUCAACGGGCCAGCUUUAUCCCAAUUUGCCGUCAUACUAUGGUGAAUCCCGAAGUAGCGGCGGCAGUCUUAGUUUAUCACCUGGAAAUGAAUCACCGGUUUAUGGAGAUACAACUCUGAUAUCACCUCAAAAAAGAAUAAAUCGUCGUUAUAUUUAACAUUACAAAAAAAAAUAAGACUCUUAAGACUGUUCUACGACUAUAAUUGGACAUCUCAAUAAGAAUAUGUUCGUGUUGAAGGGUGAGGGUCGAGGGGAAUUUUGGUGGAAGUUAAUUUUUAUUCUAUGUGCCAAACAGAGAGGUUGAGAAUUUAAAAAAAAAGAAAACAAAUCCCUAAUCCUUUCACAAAUGAACAUAUUUAUGUAAAUAUGACACACUUUCUAUUCUUAAAUUAAAUUUUAAAAUUAGUAUUUUUUGUAUGUAUUCUGAUUUCUUAUUAAUUUGUUUUUUGUUUACUUGACGAACUGUUCAUAAAUGCAUUGUAUAUGUAGAUUGGAUAAUUUUAAGUUAUUAUUAUUAUUAAUUUCGUUUCAUGUUUCUCUAAGCUAAGUUAUGAUUUUUUUUGUUUAGUUAAUAAAAUAUAGAAAAAAACAACAAUAACAUUAAAUUGAUUUGAACUAUUCAUUAUAAAAUCUGACAAAGAACAACAAAUGUUGAGCUAUUACAAAACAAUAUGCAAAUCCAUUCAAUUCAUUCAUUUAAACUUAUUUUAAAAUGGCCAACAAUGAAUACAAAAAA